AUGGAAUUAAGUCAAAACGUAAACAAAACUUUGAUGAAAAAAUUUUGGAAAGUCCAAAAGAAUCUUCUCUGCUCAAGACGGGCUCAACAAUCAACAACUUUGCUGCACUCAAAAGCGAAACUGAAAGUGAAACAACAACAACAACAACAACAUAAACAUUUGACAGCCAAGCAGGGCAAUCACGUCAACAUCUACGAUUACAUCAAUUCGUCUGAUUUGCUUCAAGACAACAACAACAACUACGCAGACAACGCCAUCCAUAGAAACAACAUCAAAAAAAUAAGCAACAACAACAACUACAUCAACAAAAAUAAUGUAAGAUGCAUUUCUGACAGCAACAACAACAACAAAAAUAGCAUCAACAACGCCAAGAAUGACAACAAUACACUUCUAGGACCAGCGUACGUUGAUGUUACGGCGUUAAAUGAUUUUUCGCGCCAAAAAUCUCAUCUGUCACGUGAUUCCGGUUUCGUUAACUUGUCUGCUGCCAGUUUAAAUUGUCUGGAGAAUAAACACGACAAGUGCAACGAGAUACUCAUCUCGAUGAGGAAGAACAAAAAGCGAGAUGUCAUUGUUGAAGGAUUUUAUUCAUUUUUCUCUUUCAUUCCUUCAGUGAAAGGAUUGAGAACGGGUCAGAUUCAGCAGCAGCAUGUCAGAGUCAUGAACGCUCUCUUUCAGCUCGGUAGCCAAGAGUCUACGGCUAAGAAGAUUGACGUCAUCAAUAGUGUAACUGGGAACAUGCACUGCUCUGCUACGUUCAAAUUUUCGCCAUUCAAAGUAUUCAACGAAGGUCACAUCAGGCUUAGCGUCUCGUUACAAAAUAAAAAUGAGAUAACAAAACUUGGUUCUCUGCCGAUCUCAACUCUAAACGUCAUACAGUUAUUUUCCGAUGAGCAGAAAUCAUCGUGGGAGCAAGAGACGUGGAGAUGUUUGUGUGAUGGUGACACGACCGAUGAAAAUGUUCACGAAUGUAAUAAAGAAAACAUCCCGAAUAUCCCAAAUAUCCCGAACGAAAAUUUCAGUUUGAUCCCAAAAGAAAUGAACCAGAACUCCAUGAACCACACGAAAUUCCGUUAUUUCGAAAAUAAUCUAACAGCGAACAAAUCAAACUCUGACGAAAAUCGUAUCGAAACGUACCACAUAACGAAACGAGACAAGGCUAAUACUUUCGGGUUCAGUAUUAAGGGUUCCAAACCGGUAAAAAUAGCCCAAAUAAACAUGGACAGUCCGGCCCGAGACACUGGUCUGCAACUUGGGGAUGAAAUUUUAGCCAUCAACGGCAUCAACGUUAUGGAGAAUUCUUCAAAAUCGGUGGCUCUCUUGAUUAAAUCUACAAAAGUUGAGAUGCAUUUGACAGUUAGGAAGCCUUCAAUCUGUGAUUCUGGCAUUGGAAUGAGCUUGUACGAGAACGUUGUUAUGGGAUCGUGCUCUGGAAGUGAGGUUGGAAAGGAUUGUGAAAGGAGUUUGAUGGGAGUUAGAAACAAAAGCGUCAACAUACAGCAAGCAGUUGCUAACGAUACUACCGUUCUUGAAAAUAGUUACGUUGAAAUAAAUUCAAUCAAGUAUAAUGUUAGAAACUCACAAAAAAUUGAGAACCAUUUGCCGAGAAAUCAUUCGAGAAGGAAAAUUAAAGCAUGGAAAAUGACAUCAGUGAGAACAUUCCAAAGCCGUUACCAUCCAGUCAAUCAAAACAACCCCACCCAACAACGUCAGAAUCUAAUGAGAAGAAAAAUGUUAAAAAGCAGCAGACACUUCGACAGCCAGUUCCAUUUGAAACGAGGCAAAUAUUACAAGUGGGAACCAAACAUGAGUUCCAUACUUGGUCAGUCUUCAUCGUCCUCAUACGAUCACCAUUCCAGUUCGAUAUCUCCAUCAUUCACGAAUGAACAUUUAAAUUCCUAUGAUGUCCUCCAGUUAUCCGCCAUGAAUAAUGCCCAACUCUUCCCGAGCAGUUUUGCUCUGGCCGAUUCUUCGCUUUAUAGUUCAGACCCUACAUCAAAUUAUUCUAUCGGGAGUGCGCAUGAUCAAUCUACUAUCAACAAAUCAUUUGUGUGCACGCCUAGUAGUGCCGACGACUGCACUCUGGUUGAUCUUGGCGUGGAUUCUGACGUGAAUGUGACACCGGACGAUGAAACCUUGAGUUCAAGUUUGGAAGAUGUUUCUGAGGAUGGAAGUUUUUGUCGGCCUGCUGAUGAAUCUUACAAUCAGUUAAAUUUUAAAAAGAAGCCCUGCCAUCUGGAGACGCUCGUUGAAAUUGAAGACGUCUUCACGAAGAACGUGUCACCAGGCAUACAGCAUUACGUCAGAGCCCUCAGAGGGAACGGUUUCGUCAGCAUUAAAGAGCACGCCGAUCUCUUUCAAAAUCUCGAAAAGCUGGUAAAAAUUUCGCAAUUUUUCCGAAAUGAACUACUCAACAGCAGCCGUAGCAGCAGCGUCAAUGACCACAACCACCACAACAACACCAAUACCAAGAGUAAAAAUAGCAAUACUAUAAACCACGCCUUAGCAAAAGACAAAAGUUUAGAUUGCAAUAACAACAAAGUCAAAAACAUAGAAACCAACAACGAUUCAAUUGGUGUUGAUUUUAACAGCAUUUUACUGCAGAAUAAUAGUAGCAGUUCCAACAACCACAAUAAUAAUAACAACAACAAAAAUAACAACCACAGCAGCAACAACAAUGAUACAUUCCAUAGUCUUUUACUCCGAAACCUCAAAAACAAUAAAAACGACGACGAUGACGUCAUUUGUAAAACAAUCAACAACAACAUCAACAACAACAUCAACAACAUCAACAAGAACAACAUCAACAAGAACAACAUCAACAAGAACAGCAUCAACAACAGCAACAUCAACAACAACAUCAACAACAACUACGUCAACAACAACAACAUCAACAACAACAUCAACAACAACAACAACAUCAACAAAUUAUUAGGCCCAUCAUUUCUAUCCAAGAUAAAAAUCAUGAAAGACAUGUACGAAAUAUACAGUGAAGGCAUGCCGAAAGCCUGGUCGACUUUGAAACGCUUGCGAAAGAGCAGAUGGGAUUUUUUCCAUUUCGAAAAAGAGCAGCAGAAACAACACGGAAUCCAAUCCAUUGAUCACUUCCUAUUGGUCCCGCUCAUUCACGUGAUUCUGGUUUCAAACGAAUUGAAAACUUUUUUCCCGCCAAAUCAUGAUGGCGGCCAUGAUGGCGAUGCUAACGAAGUGGACAAAUUCAACGAUCUCGCUCUUGCUUGCAGUCGAACCAUGAACCUUCUAGUCAACGAGGACGCCGAUGACGAUGAUGACGAAAAGCAUUUUAAUUAUUCAACAAUCACCAUGGGAGAUCUUUGA